CGCAUUCUAAACCCUGCUCUGCUGCUACGUGUUCAUGGCUUCUCCUAGCAAGGCUGUAAUUGUGCCCGGGAACGGAGGCGGGGAUGUGGCCACCCACGGCUGGUAUGGCUGGGUGAAGAAGGCGCUGGACCAGAUACCUGGUUUCCAGUGUUUGGCUAAAAACAUGCCUGAUCCAAUUAUAGCCCGAGAGAUCUUCUGGCUGCCCUUCAUGGAGACAGAGCUGCACUGUGAUGAGAAGACCAUUAUCAUAGGCCACAGUUCUGGGGCCGUUGCAGCCAUGAGGUAUGCAGAAACACAUCGAGUAUAUGCCAUUGUAUUAGUGUCUGCAUACACGUCAGACUUGGGGGAUGAAAAUGAGCGUGCAAGUGGAUAUUUCAACCGCCCCUGGCAGUGGGAGAUGAUCAAAGCCAACUGCCCUCACAUUGUACAGUUUGGCUCCACUGAUGACCCUUUCCUUCCCUGGAAAGAACAACAAGAAGUGGCUGACAGGUUGGAAGCCAAAUUGUACAGAUUCACUGACCGUGGCCACUUUCAGAACAUGGAUUUUCCUGAACUGAUUAAUGUGGUAAAGUCUAUGCUGAAAGUACCAGUACAGGCACAGUGAUUUCUGCUGUUUUGCAUACCAAUAUAAUAGAGCAAUUAUAAGAUUAUAGAUAAUCAUAAAAAAUGCCUGCAAAAACAAACAUUAGUUUCAAUGUUCAAAUUAAAUUACAAACAGCAUUUCCAUUUUCUAUAGACUCUCCAUCUCCCCAACUUGCUAUGAACUAAAGCAGUAUUUUCCCAGUAUAAGGGACAUAAGGACAUCUCAGACAUCCAGUGAGUAAGACAGAAAUGGAACCCAGGUUUCCUGACUUCCAGUCCAGAGUAAAACAAAUAGAUUUCAUGUAUGUUAUAAGAGUUGUACUCCUUUUUGAAGUGAAACUUUUCUAUUUUAUUGGAGAAAGAAAACAUGACUAAAGGUCCAGAGUGUUGGCUUGGAGCUCAAAACACUAGCUUGCUUGUUUUGAGCUGGCCCAGGAUAUUAAACCCAGAUUGAGGCCUUCUUCACCUUUGACACCAUGCCCCCCAACCUGUUCGAGUCCCUCAAACAGGUUGAGAGAGAAUAAAUUAUAAGGAUGCUAUGAAGCAGGCGUUUGCAAGGAUCAGGCAGGGAAUAUGAGCAGUCACCUUCUUUGUAUAAGACCUCAGUGGUAAAGGUAAGGGCAAUGUGGAGAACUCAUGUCAUGUGGAAAUGUGGCAAGGUGUGGCCAAUUUUCUGAUUUUUAAGAAAAAACUUUAUACAGUGGUUUUUAUAUUCAGGGAAGACAUAUGUACAUUGUACACAAAUUAUGUCCAGUUUAUAUACAUAUGGAUUAGUUGGCAACUACAGUAUAAAGAAAAAAUUUAAAAACACUGUAACACACACAAAGUACAAGCCAUCCAUUUGUGGCCUAUACAUAUUAACUUAGCCAGGUGCUUUAAAUGAUUCUGUAUAAAGCCUGAGAAAUGAACACAAUGUCAAAGGAUAAAAUCACGGAAACAAUUUGGAUUUUGUUAGUCUUAAUUAUUUUUUAAAAUAAUCUUUCCAUUCCUCAAAUUUUUGUUCUGUAGAGUUCUACCUUUUAACCUCUAUGGUCCUUUAGAUCUCUUUCAAGCAUCAUUCCAUGAUUUUUCUUCUGAUCAUGACCCAUCAAAAAAAUCCUUUUUCAUUUUCCAACAAUUUUUGCCUAUUACGAUCCCUAGUAUUGCCUCUAACAAUUUCUAGUCUACAGAACAGCAAUUUUCAACUGGUGUGCCACAAGAAUUUUUAAAACAUGCAAUACCUUUCUCUCCCUCUCUAAAAUCAAUAGAUAAAAACUGAAAAACAAGAAAUGCCAAGACUAUGUUUGAUGCCCAGUAGGGGCAGCACAGGCAAGAAACAACCAAUGGAUGCAUGGAUAAGUAGAAUAACAAAUAGAUGUUUCUCUAUCUCCCUUCCUCAGUCUCCCUCUCUAAAAUCAACAAAUAAAAAUUAAAAAUCAACAACAGCAAUAAAACAUGCAAUACCUGACUGUUUAGUCAGGGGAACAGACUGCUUUCCCUUUAGAUCAGGGGUGUGAAACUCAUUUUCAGUGGAGGCCACAUCAACCUUGCGGUUGCCUUCAAAGGGCCGAAUGUAAUUUUAGGACUAUAUAAAUGUUACUACUCCCUAACAGUUAAGUGAGAGCUCAGCACUGC